UUCGUCAACGACGCCUUGCCAACGAUUGGCUAUGGAAAAAAGUCCUUUUGAUCCAGCCAUUUGUUUUCUGCCACGGCCUUGGAAGUGUGGAUUUGAUCAUCACCGUCCCGACCCCUCCUUUUCCAAGGGUGGGUUGUCAUGGAUGUCCACGUGGAAGUCUGGGCAUCUCACCGCCACAAAGAUUUGAACAUGCUUGAAAACACCGCCGGCGACGCGUUGGCUGACGCUCCCAAGUUCUGGGCAACUCUCUCGGCACACGGAAGUGACGGCACACAGCCAUGUUUUAUUACGAUACCGACGCCCUUGAAAGCGACAUCCUGGUGCACGAAGGCGCGCCAAAGCUUACCUACCACGAGUAUGCUGCCUUCACCAGACCACGCAUUCAGCAGUUCCAGCCAACCUCGGCGGGGUCUUCUGCCGGCGAGGUGAGCCGGUGUGCCUUGUCCGAGGACUGGGAGGGGCGUGGAAUGUUUGAGCUUGCUCUGCGACAAAACCAUGCUGUGGACCGAGAUGGCGAGUUUGUGCUCCAGGGCGACCACGUACAUCCAGCACUUCGAGGCCGUGUGAGGCAGGUGAUAGCGCGGCGCAGCCUGAACUAUAGCUCCUAUGAAAAGGGCGCGCUCGACGGUCUGAACCUCACACGUGCUGACUACGAAGCCCUCAAACUACACCCGUCGACAAUCCAAUAUCUCCGCCGGACCACGACCGAGUCCACUUUUUGGGAUCAGCGUCACGAGAAGCUUAGCAUCAUCCUCUGCUUCUCCACAGAGCCGCGGCCAGCCUACGACUUUAUGUCUUUCACAUACAGCAUCCCCGACCGUACGGCGACAAUGCUCUUGCGCCAGUCCUAUGACCCGCACAUUCAUGAUGUGGAUGACUUGGAGCAGUAUGGCGAACGAAUGCAGGCCUGCAAACCCCAUUGGGCCCACCCAUUGGUCACGCCCGUUGUUUUGCUCCAGAUGCAGUUUUUGCUCUCUGAGCGCGCCGUGGCUGAGAAUGAGAAGGACAUCUCCAGGGUGGAGCAAGAUGUUGAACGCAUGGCUGGGUUCGAAACGACCGACUCCCGCCCAAAGAGCCGGUCGAAUUCGACCAGUUCAGGUGCAACCGGCGGGUACAGUCAUCCAAAGCGGCCCACUGAGCUUAUGAAGAACGCACACGACGCCUUCAAGAAGUCUAUCAAGCUGCUGGACACAAUCACCUGGAUGGAUAGGGCAGUUGGUGUUAUUUUGCGGGCAGGUGACGAACUAGAAGAAGUGAGGUACGAGAGUGAGAAUGACAUUGACAGCCCCGACCUUCAGGGCGCUUUGAUCUCGGCAUCUGGACGGACGGUAACAGGUCUUGCUCGUGCCCGCAUCAUUGAGGAUCCAAUGUCAGCCCAUUGGCAUGAGAUCAGGCAGUACCUCGAGAGUCUGCAGCAGCUGUGCAAGAGCCUGGAAACUGAACGACACAUGUUGGAAGUUCGAUGCAAAUCUCAGAUCGAUAUUAUCUAUGCCAAGAUGCAGCAGGAAGACAAUAUCUUGACAGCUCGCAUGGCAGUUACCUCGACUCGAGAUUCCUCUUCCCUCAAAGCACUAGCUGUUAUCACAGCCCUGUUCCUUCCGGGUGAUUUUAUCGCCAGCCUCCUUGGCAUGGCCAUGUUUGAAAAAUGGAAUGACGAGGAAUACGAUGGCGAUAGGCUGCCCGAAACGCCAGAACGAUUUUGGCUUUACUGGGCCCUUGCGCUCCCACUCACCUUUAUUAUCUUUAUUCUCUGGCGGACGUGGUGGGUAUCGCAAGAUCGGUUCUUCAGACAGCAUCUGUCCAAGGAGCUCAGUGAAGAGCGGUACUGGACUGAGGACAGGCGGCCUCGGAAACUGGACCACAGCUUUAUCCGUGACUUUUUCACUCUCUCGGCAAGGAGAGACGAAAAGGCCGACAUUCCACCACCGAGUCCGGAUUUGUCUCACUCUCAGCUGGCUGCUGAGAGUAGUAGCAAGACUCCAUCACCCCCAGCCCCUGUUUUCAACUUGAAAAGGAUUGCUUUUGCUGGGACAGACACACGAAGGAGUAAGCGCAAUGCAUUCCGUGGACAUAGUGCGGUGUAAUUCGUCAGUGCCUACUUGAGUGUCAUGUAGUUUAGGACUCGAGGUUUCAUGAAAGAGGGUCCGGCCAAACCCACCGCAGGGCCCUCAAGUAGUUCACAAGAUGGAGCUGCAGGGUCAAGUCUCUUCACCGCUGCAAAGUGGCUCUUUCAUCGAGUCCACUAGCUUUGUCCGGCGGGUUAUUUCAAGGCGCGGCGAAGUCACUAGGUUGGUUGACGGCACUUAAUGAACUGAGCAAGGUCAAUCUGCACAUGGAACUACGUCUCCUGACUGCCUUUAGCCUCCUUCCACUCAAAAUGAUGACUGCCAGUUUCGGGCU